CAAGAAAGCAGAGGACUUGCAAGGAACAAAUCGGACUACAAAAAAAAAUAAAAUUUUAUUUUUGUUUUGAGAGAAAAGGCUUGAGCAUUUGGUUUCUCAGUUCAUCUCCAGAUUCGAUUCCAGUGGCAGCAGCAAGGCAUCGCCAUCUCUUCCUCCCUUCGUCGAGAGAACGAUCCAGCACAGCCUUCAAUCUGUUCUUCCUUAAUGAGAAUCACUCAUGAGCGCGAUAAUUUCAUUUUCAGAGUGGAUCAUGGACUUUAUCCAGACUAUACUUCACAGACACUCUAUCACAAAUAGAAGUGGCAGAAUAACAAACAGAUAGAUCAAUGAAAUGACGAAUCUGGUAAUGGAUGACUGCCCUCAGAGCAAUGGCAGUAGCAACCAUAAAAGCAAGGAGAGAUUUGCCCAGUUCAUUGACAAUUCAUGUUGCACUCGCUAUUGCCUUGGUCCAAAUCCUUCCUUGGCUCGCUUCAUCUACGCCCUCAUCUUCCUGGUCACCUGUCUCCUCGCUUGGAGCAUAAGAGACUAUGGUCACAACGCCCUCUCGGAGCUUGAGCGGCUCAAAGUUUGUCAUGGUGCCCGCGCCUGCUUGGGAGCAGAAGGUGUUCUCCGCAUUAGCUUUGGAUGCUUUUUGUUUUUCUUUCUGAUGUUUCUAUCAACUGUCGGGACAAAAAAAUUGGAAGAUACUCGGAAUAAUUGGCACUCUGAGUGGUGGCCAGUGAAGAUCGUCCUUUGGAUUGGCUUCAUGGUGAUUCCUUUCUUCAUCCCCUCUGCUUUUGUCCAACUCUAUGGGAAGAUUGCACACUUUGGUGCUGGUGCCUUCCUCUUGAUUCAGCUAAUCAGUGUAAUCAGUUUCAUAAAUUGGCUGAAUGACCGCUGCCGAUCAGAGAAAUAUUUUGAACGAUGUCAAUACCAAAUAAUGGCACUCUCAGUGACAACAUAUCUUGCAUCUAUCAUUGGUAUUACCAUGAUGUACAUAUGGUAUGUGCCCAACGUAUCUUGCAAAUUUAACAUCCUCUUCAUCACCUCGACUCUUGUGCUUCUGCAACUCAUGACCCUCGCAUCGAUCCCCUCGAAGGUCAGGGGAGGAUUCUUGGCUCCGGGACUGAUGGGAUUGUACAUUGUGUAUCUUUGCUGGAGUGCAAUUAGGAGUGAGCCACAAACAGAAAUUUGCAAUAAGAAGGCAGAAGCUGCAACAAGUGCAGACUGGCUUACUAUUGUGAGCUUUGUAAUUGCUGUCCUUGCCAUAGUCAUUGCAACAUUUUCAACAGGCAUAGACUCCAAGUGUUUGCAGGUCCAACUCACUUACGUGUUCAAGAAAACUGAAGCAGAGUCUGAGGAUGAGGUUCCCUAUGGAUAUGGCUUCUUUCAUUUUGUCUUUGCCAUGGGAGCCAUGUACUUCGCCAUGCUAUUUGUUGGCUGGAAUUCAAAGAACACUAUGCCAAAGUGGACAAUAGAUGUUGGUUGGACUAGCACAUGGGUUAGAAUUGUGAAUGAAUGGGUGGCAACCCUUGUGUACUUUUGGAUGCUAAUUGCACCACUUUUUUGGAAGAGCAAAACAGAAGCAGAUCCAGUGUAGAGGAAGAGAGGGUAGUUUCUUGAUCUCUUAUACAAAGAGUUCACGGAGCACAUGUUUUAAUUCCUGAAAGGAUGAGCUCCAGUUCCAGAUUUCUUGAUAAUCUGUAGAUUUCUUGAUAAUUCUGUUCUGAUUACUGUAAUUUAGCUUGCUUAAUGUAUGAUAUAUAGUUGUUUUGUAAA